GACGCCGACAUACCAUAUAACCAUCCUCAGUACAAGAAAGACAAUUUUUAUGGCGGAUAGGGAGGAUUCACCGAAUUCACGCAGAUGUUGCAAUUGGGCAUGGAUGUUGACCACGGUGGAAGGAUGGGUGAAACUUAUCGAGACGGUAGCGACUUUCUUAGCGGCUGUUCUUACGCUUUGCUACAAGUUCUAUAACUAUUGGACGGGAUACAAAUAUCAAAUCGGCAUAGCCACCUGCGCGUUCGUCUUCCUGGUCCUGUACAUCAUUUUCAGAAGCUUACGAUGUUUCGAGAAGGUGCCACCGAUGCUUGGAAUGAUCGGAUAUUUUCUUCUCUCGGUAACCUUAUUCGUUGGCUCUGGAAUUGUGUACCAUGAUGGCAACAUCUAUAUAAAAGGGGAAGUAAUGAUUGGAUCAGUCGCCGAUCACCUCCACGCCAUGAUUAUGGAGAAACUCUAACUAGUGAAAAGCAUGGUCCAGCGGCUGUUUAGCUAGAGCUGAUAUAAACAGAAGAGCUGAUGCAUACAGAAAGAUGUUUACGCUUCGAUUGAAACACGAAGUUAGUUGUUACGAGGUAAAAUCUCACA